AUGAAUUAAUAAUUUUUGGUUGUGGAUGCUAGUCUAAUCAAUCUAUUAUUUGAGAAAGUUGAAGUUUUAGGUAGAGGUAAGGACUUGAUUCAUGGAAUAAGUUCAAUUACAUACAUGUUGAAAAAAAAUAAUAAUAAUCAAAAUUUAGAUUUUACUGAUGAUUAGGGGAACCAUGCAUUGUAAAUUUAUGAAAACCUUAAUCUAGAAGUAUUUGAGGCAAAAGUACUUCAAUUAUAAAAGGCCAUGACUGUUUAUUUGAAUUCUUAUUCAACAAGGAUAAUUUUAAUUGCAAAAGAAUAACUAAAUCACACUCAAUUUAAUUUAUAUGUUGUCUAUGAAUUAAAAAAUAUAAAUAUGGACUUAAAGAGCCUAAGAGAAUUUUAAACAGAAGGUUUACAAUAUGAUUAAGCAAGAAAAUUUUUGAUUUUUCUAUGUCAAAAUUAUUUUUUGGGUGCUCAAUAUACAAAUGAAUUCUUGGAUAUAAGUCCAUAAAAUAUCUUUAAAACUGAUGAUUCUUAUAUUAUUUCUAAUUUUGGAAUCACUUUUGCUGGAACCAAAUUUAAUAGAAUUUAUUUACCUUCAACUGAUCCAAUAAAUAAAGAGAAAAAUCCAUCUAAAAUUAAUAUUUAAUAUUCCUAUGCAUUUAAAGCAGCAUUACUUACUUUGUGCUUAAUGACAUAGAUAGAUCCUAAAGAUUUCUUUUUUGAAGAUGGGUAAUUUAAAGAACAUGUUUUAGAUAAUUUAUUGUAUCUUAUAUUAGAUAAAGAAGAUUUGAAGAAAAAUAAGGAUCAAAAUAAAUAUAUAAAGAAAGAUACUAAAUUUAUUCUUUCAAUUCCACAAUUUUUUGAUACAUUGAUUCACACAAGAUAAUUAGACUACAAUUAAUAAAAAAAUAACAAUAAUGGAAAUCCAUUUACAUAUGUUAAAUCUGAUAGAUUUCUAAAAUAUAAAUAUUAUAAAGAAUUUCUAGUGGUUUUAAAAAAAUUACUUAAUGUAACAAAUAUAUAGAAUAGAUCUAUUUUUCUUCUUUUGAUUUCAUAACAGGAUAAUAUAUUAAGUGCAGAAAAUCCUUAUAGUGAAACUAUAAUACAUAAAUACAAUUAUCAAAAUGGUACAUUUGUUGAUAAAAAAUUGAAUGGUUGUGGAAUUAUAAUGUAUGAAGAAGGAGAUUAAACAAAUCGAUCAAUUAAAAGAAAAAUUAUACAAAAAUGUGGAUAAUUUUUGGAUGGAAAAGAAAUUGAUGCUUAUAAUAUUGUCAACAUUCAUAAAACAAAAUUUGAAUGUACAUUAUAUAAUUUAUAAUGUGGUUUAACAUUUCGUUAUGUCAAUUAAGAAUUGUUGUAUUUGACUGACUAAAUAGUAUCUCCCAUUAAUUCAAUUGGUAAAUCACAAAAAGAAUCAAUUUAUUACUUUAAGGGAGAAAUUAAAAAUGGACAAUUUAUAAAAGGAGUUUCAUAUCAAUUAGAUAAAACAAUUUUUGAAGGAUAAUUUCUAAAUAAUUAACCUUUUCAAGGCAAAAUGAUUUAUCCAAAUUAGGAUGUUUUUGAAGGGAUUAUGGAAGGCUUUAAUAAAAAAAAAGGAUACUUGAUUACAAAUAAAAUUAGAUUUGAAGGGGAAUUUUAGAAUGAUUAAAUUUUCAAAGGUUUCAUAGAAUAUCGUGAUGGGGGAAUUUUUUAUGGUUAUUUUUAAAAUGGAUUAAAAGGUAUACUUUUGCAUUGAUUAUUAGUCAAAGCAGGAAUUUAUAAAUACCCAUAUACCUAAAUUUAAUAUUAGGGAUUCUAUGUCGAUGAUGUAAGACAUGGUUAAGGAAGAUUUAUUGAUAAAUCUUAAGAAAAUUGCACUCAAGAAGUUUUAUAUAAUUAUGGAAAGUGUGUUACAAAAAUCAAUGAAUAUUUUAGUAAAGCUUUGAAAGAGAUUUAAGAAAUAAAGAAACAAUAAAAGAAUGUCAAAUAAGUUACAACAGAGAAUGAUGAGGAUUGA